AUGACCACUGUCACUUGCGAUACCGUCAUCAUCCAGGGCCUCACACUCGGCCUGGGGAUGAGUCGAUUCCUCAGCCCUUUUUAUCUCUUCAAGGGCAAGCUCUCGGCAGCUGCGAGCCGCAACGAGUUCCGCGACUCGGCAGACUUGAGAAUGCUGGUGACCAAGCACGAAGCGAUCAUCAAGUCACGGGCCAGCGAGCUCAACCUGGAAUAUGUGGGACGUGCCGCAAAGCGCCAUCUGGAGUUGGGCUUUCUGUUCGAAAAGCUUGGAAUUGAUGUGAAAAAGGCGAUGAAAGUUGCCAAAGACAUCGACCGACAAGUCCUCACUCCGGCUCAUGGAGAAGUGCAGCGCGGUUUGCUUGCCUACCCAGCAGUUCGAAUUUGCGUUUGCGGCGACGAAGGGACAGGGAAGUCCAGCUUGAUUGCCUCGCUGGUCAAGGAUGUCUUCGUUGCCAACAAGAUCCAGUCCGUCCUGCCGCAGGUUACCAUCCCUCCGACCAUCGGCACCCCAGAAAAUGUCACCACCACCAUCGUCGAUACGUCGGCCCGGCCGCAAGACCGAACGACACUGCGCAAGGAGAUCCGGAAAUGCAAUGUAAUCCUGCUCGUCUACUCGGACCACUACAGUUACGAACGGGUAGCCCUCUUUUGGAUGCCCUACUUCAGGUCUCUUGGCGUCAACGUCCCGGUAGUGCUCUGCGCCAAUAAGUCGGACCUUGCUGGCUCUGGAAACACAAGCCAGGUGAUUGAGGAAGAGAUGCUCCCCGUUAUGGCCGAGUUCCGCGAGAUCGAUUCUUGCAUUCGCACGAGCGCCAAAGAGCAGCACAACGUUAUUGAGGUCUUCCACCUCUGUCAAAAAGCUGUAACACAUCCGAUAGCGCCUCUGUAUGACCACAAGGAAGGGAAGCUGAAGCCAGCGUGUGUGGCCGCUCUGCGGAGAAUAUUUUACUGGAGCGACAAGGACCAGGACGGGUACCUCAACGACCAGGAGAUGCACGAUUUCCAAGCCAAAUCCUUUGACAAGCCGCUAUUGCCCGAGGAGCUCGAAAACAUCAAGUUGACAGUCAGCAAGGCGGUACAGACGUCAAACCCGGAGAAGGGCUUGGACCUGCAGGGUUUCCUGCAGUUGAACAAGAUAUACGCCGAGAAGGGGCGCCACGAGACCAUCUGGAUCAUUCUGAGGAACCAUCACUACACUGACAGCUUGAGUCUUGAGGAUAGCUUCAUACAUCCACGAUUCGAUGUCCCGGACUAUGCCUCGGCGGAGCUCAGCCCCGCCGGAUACCGCUUCUUCAUGGAUCUCUUCUUGACAUUCGACAAGGACAACGACGGUGGUCUUAACGACAAAGAGCUGGCUGCACUCUUUGCGCCGACUCCCGGGUUACCAACCUCCUGGUUGGAGACCUCGUUCCCCUCAUCCACGGUCCGCAAUGAGGCAGGCCACAUCACCCUACAGGGCUGGCUGGCACAGUGGAGCAUGACGACCUUCCUUGAACCAAAAACCACCUUGGAAUACCUUGCUUACCUGGGCUUCGAGGGCCCAAACGCCCGCGACUCGACAACAGCCGCGCUCAAGGUCACGAAGCCGCGGAAACGGCGGCGAAGACCUGGCCGCGUGGAACGGAAUGUGGUCCUUUGCUACUUACUCGGCUCGUCCGGGGCAGGCAAAUCUUCUCUGCUGGACGCAUUCUUGAACCGGCCCUUCGACCCGCUCUACCAUCCCACCAUCAAGCCCCGCCGCGCUGUGAACAGCGUAGAACUGCACGGCGGUAAGCAGUGCUACCUGAUCCUCGAAGAGCUGGGCGAACUUGAGCCCGCCAUCCUCGAGAACCAAGCGAAGCUCGACGCCUGCGACCUGAUCUGCUACGCGUACGACUCCUCGGAGCCCGAUUCCUUCUCGCACAUUGUCGAGCUCCGCAAGCGGUACCCACAGCUGGACGAGCUCCCGGCCGUCUACACGGCAUUGAAGGCGGACCGAGACAAGGCGACACAGCGCACCGAGCUCCAGCCCGACGCGUACACGGCCGCGCUCAACAUGGCCGCCCCUCUGCACGUCAGCGUCACAUGGAACAGCAUCAGCGAGCUGUUUGUCGCGCUCGCCGAGGCGGCCACCAACCCGAGCACCGCCUUCCCCAAGUCGGAGGAGCCCCCUGACCGGACGAGCCUGUACAUGGCGCUCGCGGCAACGUCGUGCGCGGCGCUGGCCGCCUUCAUGAUCUGGAGGCGCUCUACGAAUGCCAUGUAG